AUGUCAACGACCUCCAGUAUUUUCGUGUUGGUUAUUGUGGGGAAAGGGGAUACUCCUCUUUACGAGGCUGAUCUGUCUUCUCCCGGAAAGCGUGAGGAUUCACCGCAUUACGAUCAGUUUAUUAUUCACCAAGCACUAGAUGCCGUCGAUGAGUGCGUUUGGCAGACCCAGUCGAUGUACCUCAAGAACUGCGACAGCUUUCGCGACUUUCUUGUUUCAGCGUACUGCACAGCAGGACAUGUGAAAUUUCUUCUUCUCCACAAGAACCGUGGGAGCAAUGAAGGGAUCAAGAAUUUCUUCUCCGAUUUGCACGAGCUGUUCCUUCGGAUCCUUAUCAAUCCUUUGUACGAAGUCAACGGUCUCAUUACUAGCCAGAGCUUCGAUCAGCACGUAAGAGCAGCGGCAAAGAAACAUUUGCACUGA